GCAUCUGUAUAUGUGGAGGUGAAGAACAUUGCGUCAUCGGGGGUGUGUUGAGCGGGAGGUGGGCCGAGCCGCCUGUCAAUCAGUGACGCGGGGGACACGUGUGACGGUCAUGGCUGGGGAAGAUGCUGCGCCGCGGCUCUUUGGCUGCAGGCGAAGCGCUGUAGGAGGCAGCUCACUUGCUGGAUGUCUCCGUGAGAGUGUGUGCGCGUGUGUGUGAUGCACACACAAGGAGGACAGUUUUUAGGGGGGGACAAUGUGGAGGAAGUCAGAUGAAUAAUGCAUCCAGUUUGAGCUGGAACCUGUAGCUGCUGAUUGGGCUGCUUGACCGGCAUCGGCGUUGUCCUGCCCGCCAGAUUUUUUUGUCGAACUGAUGGACUCCUAUAACUCUAAAAUGUCUCACUACCAUUUCAUCAAAUGCUGCUGUUUCCAGCUAUGUAACGCCUUUCGUCAGAACAUGGAGAUCGACCAGUGUCUGCUGGAGUCUCUGCCCAUCGGCCAGCGCCAGCGGCUGGUCAAGAGAAUGCGCUGUGACCAAAUCAGGGCGUACUACGAGCGGGAGAAGAGCUUUCAGCAGCGCCAGCAAGGUGGAGUCAAGGCGCAUCGCAAGAAGCAGCAAGUCCGCUUUAGCCUUGCCGAUGUCCUACAGGACGCCAUCAUCCGCUACGAUGACAAAGAAGUGCUGCGUCUCCUGAAGGAGGGAGCUGACCCCAACACCCCAAUUUCCUCUGGGGGAUCCUUGCUACACUUGUGCGCUCGUCAUAACAACGUGCUGGCGGCAGAGGUGCUGCUGGAGCGAGGCCUGAACAUCAACCUGCAGGACGAAGACCUGUGGACGGCUCUGCAUGUAGCAUGCGUGUGCGACCAUGCCGACAUGGUGCUGCUUUUGCUUCUGGGUGGGGUGAACGUUCUGCUGCAGGACGUCGACGGGAACGUUCCCCUGGACUACGCCUCUGAGGGAACCGAGAGCCGCUAUAUCCUGCAAAAACACCUGGAGGAAAACGGUGUGGAUGUGUCUUCUACGCAUAGCAUGAGGACACAGAGGCCCAACGGCAUGCUAUCCGAUAUUAGACAGCUUGUAGCCGCAGGGGCGGAUCUCAAUCAGCCCAAUGACGAGGGGGUGACCUUGCUUCACAUUGCAUGUGCCAGUGGCUAUCGGGAUGUGGCGACUGUGCUAUUAGAAAACGGGGCAGAUCCUCAUCCUGUGGCUCACAACUUUUGGACACCUCUUCAUCUGGCUGCUAAAUAUGGACAGACGAGCAUCGUUAGCCAACUCCUGAAGCAUGGAGCCAACCCCACAUUGUUGAACUGCAACCAAGAUAAGCCCUCAGACAUUGCUGCAUCAGAGCACAUAGCUGACUUACUGCUGAGUGGAGAGACCCGCUGGCCGCAAAAGCUGAAGGACCCCCGCACCCCUCUGCUCUCCACGGACCAACACUGUGACGGCGGAUCACAUGACCUCAACACCCCUGUCAAAAAAUUGAACUCUCUGGGCCUCCCGAUAGCGAAACGGGACAGCCUCCUGGAGAAGUGGGCAAUGUUUCGAGAGGCGGGUGGGGCGCUCAGCCGGCAGCCUUCGCUGGAUAACAUCCUGGAUGGCCCCUUCAGUUUAGGAACAACCAAACUGGAACAGGUGAAGCUGAUGCCCCCAGCACCUAACGAUGACCUUGCAUCCCUUAGCGAACUGACAGACAGCAGCCUCCUCUACGAGAUGCAGAAGCGUUUUGGCAACGACCAAAUAUAUACUUAUAUUGGACACAUUCUUUUGCUGGUCAACCCAAACAAAGAGCUGCCUAUCUACUCCACUUUGGUGAGUCAGUUGUACCUGAGCUCCACGGGCCGCCUAUGCUCCUCUCUGCCCCCUCAUAUCUUUUCCUCGACGGAGAGAGCUUACCACAUGAUGCUCCAGGAGAGACGACCCCAAUGUUUCAUCUUAAGCGGUGAAAGCGGUUCGGGGAAAACGGAGGCCGGUAAGCACAUCGUGCGACACCUGACAGCCAGAUCCAGCCCCAAAGGCUUCGCACUGGAACCCAGAAUGGAACACGUGAAUUGUCUUCUGGAGGCUUUCGGGCACGCAAAGACGGAGAGGAACAGCAACUCCAGUCGCUUUAUCAAACUUUUGACCAUCCAGUACUGUGAGAAGGGGAGGAGGAUGCUCAGAGCGCGUGUGUACACGUACAUGCUGGAGAGGUCUCGUGUGGUCCAGUGUCCUCUUCAGCAACGAAGCUUCAACAUCUUCUAUCUGAUGGAUGAGGGCUUGUCACCCGAGGAGAAGAGCGCACUUAACCUCAGUAACGUCUUGGCUCAUAGGUAUCUUCGUGGAGGACUUCCGGCGGGGAGCCCUCCUGUGGCUGCAGCGUCGACAGCGAGCAGGGAGCGUCUCGGCGCUGUCAAGAAAGCCUUUCAAGCUGUGGGCUUCAACAAGCAGGAAGUGGAUUCCGUGUUCAUGUUGCUCUCCGCCGUGCUCCAUAUUGGGGAUCUGCGUUUCACUGCGCUGACAGACGGCGAGAGCGCCUUCCCCUCUGACCUGCAGCUGCUUGAGAGAGUGGCUGGAAUGCUGCAAGUGUGUUGCAGUGACUUAAGCAGCGCCCUCACCUCAGAUGUUCAGUACUUCAAAGGUGACGUGAUCACUCGACGGCACACGGUGGACAUGGCCCAGCAGUACAGGGACCAACUGGCCAAGACCAUCUACGGACGUCUUUUCAGCUACCUGGUCAACUGCAUCAAUGACUACCUGCAAGGAAACGACGACAAUGUCUGUGACCCUGCCUUCGAAAUUGCAAUCCUGGACGUCUUUGGUUUUGAAGAAUUUCAGAGGAAUGGUUAUGAACAGCUGUGUGUCAACAUGACCGACGAGCGACUGAGGCGCUACGUCUCUGAGGUGCUAUUCCAGCAGGAGCAGGCUGAGUGUCUGCAGGAGGGCAUCGCCAUGGAGACCUCGCCAUCCCCCAGCAACCAUCCAUCUGCUCUGGACUUCUUUCUCCAGAAGCCUCAAGGACUGCUCAGCGUGUUGGAUGAGGAGAGUCAGAGUCUUUGGCCGACGGAGCAGAACCUCUACAAGAGGUUGUCCACCCAGCUUGAGUCCAACCCGACGCACAGCCUCUCCUUCACCACCAAGGAUGGCAACGGAAACCCACCACCCAAAGAUCAAGGCCCCACUUUUACUGUUCGCCACUAUAGCGGCCAGAUUGCGUAUGACCUCACAGGAUCGCUCAUAAAAAACAAGGACUCCCUUCCUCAGAACAUCUUGUUUACGAUGAAGUCCAGCGAGAGUGUAUUGCUGCGGCAGCUCUUCCUGGCCAAGUUGACUCAGACUGGUUCGCUGGUCCCAGCAGCCCAAGGUCGGGUCGGGCUCAGGGGCUCCAAAGCUUUACUGCUGCUCAACAGGAUGCCACCAGCCAACCUGGCCAGCAUGCCUCCUCAACCCCACCGGGGGUAUCGUGACCUCACCAAGAUCUUAAAGAAGAAAGGCUCCAGCUCCUUCCUUCAACGUCUAGAGCGCUGCGGACCCAUUACAGUGGCGGUCCAGCUGAGGAACUCGCUGUCAGAGAUCAUCAGCAAACUGCAGGCUUCCACAGCUCACUUUGUGGAGUGCAUGCGCCCCAACGCCAGCGGUCAGCCCGACACCUUCGACAGCUCCCACAUGUCUGCACAAUUGCGGCACGUCGGCGUGCUUGACAUGGUGCGCACUUUCCGUUAUGGUUACCCCGUGCGCCUGUCCUUUCCCGGCUUCCUCAACAGAUACAAAGAUCUCACUGCGCCGACGCUGGGCGACAAGAGCAAAUUGUCGGCGGAGGAGAAGUGUCGCUGUGUGCUGCGGCAGACCAAACUGCAGGGAUGGCAGAUGGGCAGCAGUAAAGUGUUUCUCAAGUACUGGCAGGCAGACCAGCUCAACGACCGCUGCUACCAGCUGCAUAAAAAGAUCAUCACCUGCCAGAAAGUGGUACGUGGCUGGCUCGUCCGGCAGCGCGUCCGCCGUCGACUACCGUCGCGGUACAAGGACGAGGGAAGUGUGCAGCGCUUCCUGCAGGGGGCGGAGGACAUGGGGCUGCGCACCUACGACCGCCUAGUCAUACAGAACGCCUCUGACAUCUCGCGAGAGAGCGACCGCCUGCGUUGCCACAGCAACGGCGGCGGCCUCAUCCUUGCCGCCAACCUUGGCAGCAGCCCGCCACUCGGGGAAAGGCCCGAUCCGGUUGGCAAGGAGGAGGAACAACCGGUUAAAAGGGUUAUGGAAAAAGUUGGAAAAGUCCACGAUGUCGCUGGGAACGGGGGAAGCCGAUUCAUUCGCCACUUUCGAUCCAGCUCGGUGCCCGUGCCCCUGGCUAUCGACAAUUCAACACAGUCCACCAGCAGCCCGGCCGUCAAACCGGUGCUGCAGCACGUCGCUCACACCAACGUGGACAUUACCAGCGGUUGCGCUGCUUCCUCGCCUCGUAAGCAACCUCCCCCAAAACCAAAAAGGGACCCCAACACGCGCCUGAGUGCGUCGUAUGAGGUGGUUAGUGCCGGCUUGGUGAUGGCGGUCAAAGAGAGUGCCACUCCAGAAGGCUACGCUUCACCAGCUGGGAGUCCCCCCAAAUCCCAGCUGUCCCCGACAGACCCCGCAGGGUCCAAGCCCCGCCCCCACAGCGAUGACUACACGACCAUGAGGAAGGUGCCCCCGCCCAAACCCAAACGCAGUCCCAACACCAAGCUGACAGGCUCGUACGAGGAGAUCAAUGCCGUGGCGCCCCUCCUCCACCAGCUGCGUCCUGCUGAUGUCAAGACAGCGCUGCUGUCGCGCACAGGCGGCACGAUGCCGAAAGCGGCCUCCCUGGAUGCUACGCAGGGCUUAGCGCUGAGUCUCUAUCAGGGCCAGGACGAAGAGGACAUCUACAUUGAGAUGGUUGGCUCUCAGCCCCGUGCUGGGAGCCUCCAGGAGCCACCCGACAGCCCAGAAGAAGCGGAAUCGGAGGCCGUCUACGAGGAAAUGACCUUCUUCCCUCCUGAUGAUGCUGCGCCUCCACCUGCCGUUGCAACCAAACCAACCCAGCUGGAUGUUCUCAGCUUCAGCCUGGUUACAUCCGGCAUGUGCCGCCCUCAGAGCGAAGAGAGUAAGCGGGUGACGUCAAGGGUAACGGCAGCUUUGGACAUUGCUUACCCGCAAAAUGCGAUGGUUGGUGGUGCGCCCAGGAUUCAGCAUGGAAAAGAUGGCACCUGUGACAUUCCGGCCCCCUUUCCCAACUUGCUCCCUCAUCGACCGCCUCUCCUGGUGUUCCCGCCGUCCCCCGUCACCUGCUCCCCUGCUUCAGACGAGUCGCCCCUCACUCCUUUAGAGGUCAAGAAGCUGCCGGUGUUUGAGACCAAUCUCAACUACUCUGCAGGUCCAGACAGCCCACUGUCGCCUCAAUAUGUGCGGCAGAGGGCAGACUCCUCCCCGAGCCUCACCGUCCUAAUGCCGGAGAAGAAGGCUACCCCUCCACUAACCCCGCCACUUCCUCUUUCGACCACAAGUGGCCCACCUCCUCCAUACAGACCACCUUCCCACUUCCCCUUCCCACCUGAGGCCAGCUUCCUUGCGCUGGCACGGACCGCUUCUGUCACCGGAACCCAGUCGGAAUCCUCCAAGUCCCUAACGUCACAGAGACCAAGUGUGGAGCCGCCGGGGAAACCGCCCCCUUACUCCCCGGGGAAGAUGUCCCGGCCAGAACCUCGAAGAGCUCACUCCUGCUCCUCCUCGCCCUUGUUGUUCAACCCAGCAAACGGAAGACCUCUUACCAGUCCCCUGGAUGAGCUCAGCACCUUGUUCAGCACGGGGCGCAGCCUUCUGAGGAAGUCCUCAACGGGACGCAAGAUGCGAGACGGAGGUUUCAACUCCAACAUCAAUUUACCCGGCCACGAAGACUGUGGCUCCGCCCCAUCCUCGCCAUCACUGCAGCUACAGGACAAGAACGCCAACAACCAUUCUGUUCACUCGUCGAGCCACGCCCCUAUUGAGAACGGCAACCAGAUAUCUAAUGGUUCAUUGGAGGACGAGAGUCACGUCAAGUCAAACAUGUCCACAUCCUCUCUGCACAGGCACAUGGAUAGCCACCAUACACAGGCGUUCCAGAGGCUACGUCUUUCCAACGGGGAUGCGGGCACCACGCUGCGAGAGCUCCUGCGAUGGCGGCAGGCGCAGUGCGGGGGGCACAAGGGUUGGAAGCACCGUCCGCCGUCUCAGUCUCCGCCCCUGCCGUCCGCGCUGCUCUGCUCCAGCAGGAAGAAUUCGCCAUGACCCGGGACGGGAUGACUGGAG